CACACACGCGCGCGCGCGCGCACGCUCCCCAAGUGCGCUCUCGCUCUCUCUGGGUGCCUGGCGGCUGCUCGCGAAACGGCCCGGCUGCUGCCAGAAAAAGAUCUGCCGCGCGCCUCACCGCUUCUUCGAUGACGGCCGGCUUUGGCCCACCCCUGAUCGUUACGUGAACGUGCGCGUCUCCAUUCAAUCGGGACCGCGAUUCAAAGCAAUUUUUUUUUCGGUAAAUCCGCCGUCGUCCAACGCACUUCUUCAAGCACGGGAGUGAGUUUUCGUGCUAAAACAACUGUCCCGUCGACUGCUAAAGCUCCGCCGGCGUGCGUCCGUCUGCAAAGCGGCGAGCGCGUGUCGUCUGCUGCGACGCCGGCGUGUGUGUGUGUCGUCUGUUAGCAGCGUGUGCUUCCACCUGUGAUCGUCUCCAAUCUUCGAUGCAGCGACCUCUUUCUCCUCACGAGAAUCUGUGCAGAAUUUUGCUAAAAAGCCAUAAUUUGUGGAGCAACGACGCUUGCAUCGUCGGUCUGUGGUGGAACUAAAAGGAAAUUCGUCUGCUGCGACAAAGUCGUCUGCACCCGUAUGCCUGCAUCGAGAAUCCUCCGAAGACCGGGAUCCCGCCGUGGCUGAAGCGUCAGAAAACGAAUAGUCUUUCUCGGCUUUUGGCACGUGGCGUUCGGCAAAGAGAUGUACUUAAGGUACCGUUUCGAAAGUGAACACUUCGAUGUGAACGGUUGAAAGCUGGUGGAGAAACUUCAUGAACCCCGAAAGUGUGUCUGUGGUGCCCGCGAAACAUGUGAAGUGCUCAAUACGGAGAACAGAACCGACAGCACCUAGUCGUCGCAGCGCUGUACAUACGUCGUGGCUACCGUUUUCGAUUUGCAUCGCGGUGUUUCUCUGAGGAUUUGAGCACCGGUACUUUUUCUUCCCUCGCAAUCCCCUUCGUGUGUUCAUCAACUCUUCUUAAUUAAGCCGAUGGGCCUCUGCCAUGAUGGUCACUGAAGGAGAGCCCAUCGCCAAGCAGCCCCGUCCGGGCGAGUGGCUCUGCUCGAUGGCGGCGGUUGCCGCGUCGGCGGCCGCAGCCGUGGACCUGCGCUCCCGCGAGCCGCUGUUCCCGACGCGCAAGCAGCGAGAGUUCAUACCGGACAACAAGAAGGACGACACCUACUGGGACCGGCGGCGACGCAACAACGAGGCCGCCAAGCGGUCGCGGGAGAAGCGGCGCCUCAACGACAUGGUCCUGGAAACGCGCGUCCUCGAGCUCGCCAAGGAGAACGCCGUCCUACGAGCCGAACUCGCAGCGCUUAGCGCUCAAAAUUCUCCCCAAAUUUACGUCUCUCCCCUCAGGGAUAAAUUCGGCAUUCGCGGCUCGCUCGUCGUCGAGCAACAGGCCCAGCAACACCCCGCCGACAUAGCGGUCCCGGUCGCAGUACCGGCCGCACCGGGCCUCACCGACCUGCGCGGCCGACGGAACAAGCUGCUAUCCGCGCUACUUCCGGCCCUGGUGCCGCCGCCGUCGCCAGCUUCCGCGUCAGCUUCCCAGCCCCUCGCGACCUCGCCCUCACCCUACGGGGCAGCGUCUCUGGCACAGCAAGCGCAACAGCAAGCACAACAGCAGCAGCAAGCGCAAGCGCAGCAGCAGCAGCAGCAGCAGCAGCAGCAGCAACUGCCGCCGCACCAGAGUCACCUCCUGAGCCAGAGUCAGAGCCACCUGCACCACCACCAGCAGCUGAGCCAGCAGCUCAACGGCCAGCACCAGCCGGCGCUCCUGUGCGCCGCGCCCACGCCGGCCCUGGAAGACCACAGGACGGCAGCGACGGACCAGGAGUCGUCGCCCCUGUCGUCGGGUUCGUGGUCCUCGGCGGAAGACAGUCCCCCGGCGCACCACUUCUGCCUACCGCACAAGCUCAGGCACAAGUGGCACAUCAGCGGCACGGAAGGGGGCGUGGCCCCGCCGGGUAGCGCCGCCGCCGUCGUCAUCACCGCCGCCGCCAUGGUGUCCGGGAACGGGAACGCCGGCAGCAACGGCAGCGGGGGCGGCUCGUCGUCCCCCGAGCUCCGCUCCUCGUCGUCGUCGUUCCACGGCCGAGAGGACACCGCCUCGUCGGACGGGGACAGCGGGGCGUCCAGCACGGACGCCCCGUCGCCGCGCCGGGACGAGGCCUCGUCGCGCAAGAGCCGCAACGGCUCGUCCUCGGCGCACCACCACCACCACCACCACCACCACAGGUCGGCACACUCUCGGUUAGACCUGCAGACGGAGAACUUCCAGCUGCGAUCCGAGAUGCAGCGGCUAGCGGCCGAGGUUGCCAACCUGCGAGACAUGAUGAUGAGCGGCGGAGGAGCCUCGCCUCACAACGGAGCGCCGCCCCCUCCGCACCUGCACCCCCUGCAGGCGGGACACGGAAACGGCACCGCGGGCGAGCACCACGGUCCCGACCACCCGCCGCACCUACAACCGCCGCCGCACCUCCAGCACCUGCAGUCGAUGGCGCAGGUGGCGCCACCGCCGCCGCUCAGGCACCACCACAGCCACAACGGAACCAACGGACGCGCGGCGGACGAGAACGGCUCGGCCUCCGGUGGGGUCGGCAACGGCUCCUCGACGUCAACCAUGAACGGUUCCAACCGCGAGGACAACCCCAGCCACUGACGGGACAGACCAUUCCGUCCACACGAUGAAAGGCCAAGGUGCUCUCUCUUACAUCCACCCUGUUCAUUUCCAUCGCGCGCCGCCGUCUCGUAAAAUGCGAACUUGAGGAAAAACGAACUGCGCAUGCGCAGAGGCGGUGCCUGCGCGGCCGUCACUUCUGGGCGCCGCUGGUACGUUACGCAGCACGAGCGAAACACCUGCCCGUCAUCCUCCCCCGCUCCGCAAUUCCAAGUGUCCAGGCGCCUGGUGCAGCUAUGCGACGCCGAAAAGCAAGGACUGGACUGCGCACGAGUACCGAAGCUUGUCACGUGAUGCCAUUCUCUUCGCGCGCCGCGAGUGAACACUAAGAUUGUCCGCGUGCGUGUGCGCGCGCGCGCGUGUGUGUAUGUGUGCGCGCAAGAUUUCCUCGCCUGACUACCGGGCGCACCGUUGGACCGACUAUGCUGUGCUCCUCAACAAGCAUGGACAAACUGCUCGUGCGCACUGACACCCUGCUACGUCACGAGCCAAAGUGCGCGAAGUUUCGUCCGCCCCCACGUCGACAUGGUCUCUACCUGGCUGGCCGUCUGGCCAGACCACCGGCGUCCAUCUUAAUGUCCCAUGAUUGUUGGACAGCUGGCCAGCAGUACUGCGCGCCUCUUCCACAUCGACAAGUCCCCGACAUACACAUUCAAAAAGAGUCAACGCCUCGCGUGUUUGUCAGUCGGCUCUCGGUCACCGUCGAGAGCUGCGCCACGCCAUCGGCUCAAACAAGCAACAGUCACCUCCUGGUCCUUCACCUUGAGAGCGUUCACAACAGGCUCGCAAGGGACUGAGCGCGUGCCGAUAGUUACCUCUGACGUCACCGGAAGAAGGCCGAAUCUUCUGUCAGCGCCGCUCCAUCGCCUGUUUGGUUCGUCCGCUAGUGCUUUGCGUGACGAACAUGGUGCUACAAUGACCGGCCAGUGGUUCUCCUUGUGCCCGCUGUGUCGACGCUUUGACCCUGUGAUGUCACGUCGCCGGCGUCUAGGUCAUCUGUGUACACCUGUAGAGCGUGCACGCACCAUCAUUACUUUCAGUGGUGGUGGUGGAGAAAGCAGGGUUUUGUGGCUACAGAACGUUUCUUUUUAAUAUAUAUGUAUAUCUAUAUCCUUGUCGUGCAUGGAGUUAUGUCAUGAUAUUGUGUAGCUCGCCGCUGUGUUAUGAAAGCACUUCAAGUCACACGGAUACGAAACAGCAGUAGAAACUUUCUACACUCUAAAAAAAGUUUAAACACUUUUCCUUUUGGGGGGGGGGGGGCGGGGAGUUAUCGUGCCACUCAACAAAAAUUGCCAUCUAUGUUGCUUGCGUUUCCUUUCUUUAAAACACUGGGCUCCUGCUUUCUUGUCAGGAACGCUGCGUCACGCAAAAACUCACAUGCCGUUCGUGACCUGAAAGAGCGGGGCGCGUAGCUAUAAAGAAAGGAAAAGCACACAAGAUGAUUAUUCUUUGGGGACAAGAUAAGCCCCGUCGUGCGCAAAAUUCCUUUAGAGUGCAGUAAAUGAUAAGACAUACGCAUGCGCAGACCAUCAAUGGGCGUUUCCCGCCCUUCUUGAAUCCAUGAUAGUUUUUCCAUACCUAAUCUGGCUUCUCCUUUUAUUGACACAGCGGCAAGCUUCAGAGGCAAGCGGAAAUCAAAAGUGCUGUUUGGGCUCGAUCAUAACCUUGAUGUCAUGAAAUUACACGGCGUCGAACCCUCACUGUAUCAGAUUUUUAUUCAUUACAGUUCCGAAUAAGAAUGCUCUCUUUUAGUUUCCGUAGUGCUCAAGACCCGAAAAAUUGUUUGUCAGAGGACCACUGCAAUUCCUUCCAGUUUUCAUCAGUGCGUCACCGCGUACGCAGCAACUUUCGAAAUUUAUUUCACCGAGGUUCACCAGGAAAUCGUCAAUAACAUUACAGCUCUAAUACCGAGAAAGAAACACACUAGAGAACAAUGACAACAUGAUUACGGAGGCAUGUAGCUAUUUGACUUGAACAACCGACUGGCUCAUUUACUUCGAUGAGAUCCGAUUUGCUGGCCACAAGUACGCCAGCAGACAGACAUACACACACCAUCCAACAAAACAAGGAAAGGGAAAAAAAAGGCUUCGCCCUAAAGAGGUGCCAUAAUCGGUGCUCCGCCGAGCACCGAUUAUGUCCUCACACCCGUCAAUACACCGCUCAAGGUCAGAAAUAUGAUCUGUUUUCAAGAUACUGACGCAGCAUGCUUUCCGCGUGACCACAGUAAGUCUUGAUGCAGGCAAGAAAUGUAUUGUUUCUGAAGGAUCUCGAGAGAUUCGCCAAACCCGCCGCACCCGGUUUGGAAAUGUGUGUGCUUACUGCACUGACUUACGCGUCAUUAAUUUUGUCAUGGCUCGCGCCGAGACCCAUAACGACGUCUCAGGACGAUGGCAUUCUUAAUGUUAAAAGAAUGCACACGGAAGAUGGUAAAGGAUCUCUCGAGCAAUUGGCGACCACAGCAUCCACAAGUCUCGUAGGCCCUGCCGACUCAUGGCCUGUGGUCUGUUAACGAUAAACGCCUUAAGACAAGAAACGAAAGUCGCCAUGUUGUCACUGUGUCACUGCGCACGAGAAAGGCGAUAUCUAGACAAAAUUCUGCACACUUUAAGAAUCGUGACAGCGCCUCUUCGUCAUUGCGAAUGAACUUUAAAACGGCGAAGCAAGCUCGUUUUAAAGUUGUGCUGCCAGGUAUCAAGCUCGCUGUGGUCACGUGACAGGUUACACUCAGUGGUGCCCUGAAAAUUCUGCAUGAUGAAUGCUCUCACAGCCCACUUCUCUGGUACACCGACUUCUACGGAUGCUUGCAAUACGUCAUACGAGGCCCUGCACCGCGGUGUUCGGAGCCUGCGGAACAUGCAUAUCUCCCGUUUGUAUGACGGUGCGCUGUGUUCCCAGCAGAGCAGAAAGAAACAUGACGUCACCUAGCGAAGGAGAAACACCAGCUGUGCUAAGCAUCGCGGUGCACGCUUGAAUAGAGACGGCAAGAAACGCAGUCUUGCACACGAGAAAGAAAUGGUCCUUCCUUGCUUAUGCUGUUCACAAAAGCCAACAGCUUCCAAACGACCCUUCAACAUAAGCGAAACUAUCUUCAAACCACACUCUAACUAGCGAUAUGAAAACGGACACAGCUCGCAAUUGGCUGCGUGUGGCUAUGCUAGGCCUCGCGGUUCAUGUUUGAGAAAAACCGACGAAGAAACGGUUCACAGUUAUCGUUCUGUAGCCUGUGGUGAUCACACAGGCCAGAAGCCAGGGAACUUCCAUAUCGAAAGUGCUGAGAUUAUGUUCAAACGACUGGUUCGUAACGGCGCGUUGGCGCAGCGGCAGCAUUCGACAUAUUACGAGCGUCUAAGUGAGCUUAUGAAACUCGGAGACUUGUGACGCAAAAGUGAACAGGGUUGUCUCCGUCAUGCACUAAAUAAAUAAAUAAAAAAAAUAAGCACGAGGGGCGAGAGACACUUCUUUUCCUUCGUUAUACUUUUCUGAGUGCAUUGUGAAAAGGCAAGAACGUUGACGUACGUUGUUUAUCACCGUUAUAGUCGGCCUGUUCAACCAACCUUCCCUGGUCUCUGUUGCGGCGAAAGGAAGAUUAUAUUACGUGCUGGGUUUGUCGGAUGCUUGUGAUGAUAACGCGUGUGUGUGUUUGUCGGUGAGUGCUCGUACGUGUGACCGGUGAGUGACGACUGUGCCACUAUUGUACUGUAAAGAAAUGAUAUGGACAACGCACAUGGACAGUGCUGGUGCUGCUGAAACGCUUUAUUUGCCUGUUGAUAGCAAGAUUUUUCUUCACCUCUCGAAUGUCUUCACUGUUUGUCACUGCUGUGCCGCACCCACGUAAAAACAGCGGCUUAUAUUUUCCUCGCUUGCUGCCUAAGGCAAGUUCUUUGUUAUUUUUCGUACUUCUCCAUAUGCUCGACAUCAUAAGGACACGAUUACAGCGAACAACGGUUCGGCCGGUUUCAGUUAGGAGUGAUGCUAAUGAAUCGACAAGCGCACGUACCAGUGGCAGCGAAACACUCUACGAAAAGGAGUUCUAGCGGCUCCGUUUGCGAGAGUAACUGCUUAUGUCGCGUUUGACUCCCUUCUAGGGAGUUCUCGCACUCACCUGGUGGAGCAUAUUCACUCGGCUUGAGGCAUAAGCGCAGUGAAUGUACUCCUUCGGGAGUGAAAAAGCUCCCAAGAGAGCGUUAAACGCGGGACAAGUAGUUACUCCCUCUGGAGGAGUAACAAGCACUCCCUUUGUUUCUAGAGUACAUAUUAGCGACGAAGUAGUAGAGUACAGCGCGAAUUAUUCCCUUAAUAUUUGGUUUUAAACCAGUAGAACGCUUGCACCUUUAAGCUAUGUUAAAAGCUCUUCGUACGUGCAUUCUUCGGAUCACGUGUGAAAAAAUUUCUUCUUUCACUACAAUAAAUCGAAAUACAAUGAAAACAAAAUAAAUUAUACGCCUGCACUUUUGUGUUCAAGGUGUGUAGAAAUUGGCCUGAGCAUUCGUGAACGUAGCUCAAGCACGCGAGUGUCAAGUAUGACUGGAAGAUAUAAAACGAAGCUGCACCCUCAAGUUGAUCUCAGCAAUCGAAGUAGGCUGUCAUAUCAAAUCUGAUGGACUUUUUUCUCAGACAUCGUUUUUUUUUUUAAUUCGCUUCGCGGUUUCGACGCCUGCAGAACGUAUAACAGGGUGGAGUUUAUUAAUAGUUGUUUCUGAAAAACGCUACUGGCUACUGAUCCAUAGGAUAUGCAAUUUAUUUAUAGAAACUGUCUAGCCAUACCGUUAUUUUACUUUUCUUUCCUCAAGCUUGGAAAUAAUGAUUGGAGAAACAUGUCACCGGCUUCACCAUAUGUUGCGACAGGACAGUGACCUUGGAACUUGUUGGUCCUUAUUAUUUUGUAACGAGACGAAAAGUUCGUUGCCCAAACAAAGAUAUCAAAACUUCGGCUGCCAUCUCGACAGCUUUCUGGAAAAGUAUGGUGGUAACUGGAAUGACGUGGGGCUUAUCUUCUUUUAUCUUCUUAUGAAUAAAAUUUUAAGACGAUGUCUGCGACGGUUGUUCCAUCUCCCAAGGCGAAGCUUUAGCUAGCCAAGGCCUGCCCGUCUGGCUGUCACGUGAUACAUUGGGAAGCCUCCAGAACAGGCAGCUUACCUGUCAAACUGCCCGCUGUGACCCCAGUGGUUGCAGCAGACGCAUAGCAGACGACAAGGCUGCCUGUGUUGUACAGACGCUUUAGAAAGCACCCUUAAACCAUAUUUAUUUUGUUCGACUUCUUUGCAACCAUGCAGACGAUCGCCGCAGAUGACAGACCGUCUGUUAUAGGCAACGUGCAAGCAAGGAUGUGACGUAAAAAACGUCGAGCACGUGGACUCCACGCUCCAUCUAUCACAUGUCUGUAAUUCAAAAUGCAGCGUCACAGACGAUAUUACGGCAAUACCGCUUCUUGGCAGUUCAUUGUGCUUUGUGUUCAACCGAAACGUCGCUGAUGUGCCUUUCUGUAAUGCAUCGCGCGUUCUUUCCUUCUGCACUGUCACAUAAAUCAUUCAAGGAGUGUGUUUAUUUUUAUAGCUUCUUUACGAUGCGUUCUUCGAUUAAAAUCGUGCGAUGAAAGACGAAGCUCGCAAGGGAAAAAAUAAAUCCAGGAGGUUGUGGCGCGAGUAAACCGAUCCCAAGAUCUCCACGUUUGCUUUCUCAAGCACGAGUUGUCAUUGGUGCUUUGAUAAUAAUAUGUUUAGAACAAAGUUUUAAUGAUUUACAAGGCAAUCUAUGUAAAUACACGGGCACUGCCUCCAAUAAUUCGGUGGUUAGAGGCAACAUACCUAAUAAAAUAUCUCUCGCCUUCUGCAAGGUCCUUCAGCGCAACCAGGCGAGCAUUCUGAAGAAAACUUCAAACUUUUUAGAGAGCCCCGUAUAAGCGUCUGGGCAUUGCAUUUGAUAAAAAAAAAGCACAGGGCCACUAUAAACAAAAUGAAAUAGUGGCGUCCGCCACGAUAGGCAGCUGAAAGUUUCACCCGUGCAAACUUUGUUGGAUUUUUUCUUUCCCUUGUAGAGUGCCCGUAAGCCUCAUAAAUCACCAGUGUGUGUUCCCACUCUUGUCACGUAAAACUGUUAUCGAAUUUCUGUUGCCAUUUAGUGGGAAUUGUUGUGGAGCGGAAAUUGUUGAAAAAAAAAAAGUUGUUUUCCCUCUCGAUCUGUUUCACCGUUCAUCCUCCAUGCAUCUGUCUUUCGACAGUCUUUGUUCAUGAAAACCAGAAAGAAGUUCUGCAUGUGGUUAUACACCCCAUAUAUGAAUAACCGUUCGUCCAAACCUGUACUGUACACAGUCUGUCAGCGUGGUUCUUUUUCGCGUUCACGACGGAUCGACAAUAAAACACAGAAGUUAAAACUAUA